AUGGCGUUGAAAGCCAGAGCUCUUUACAACUUCCAGAGCGAAAACAGAGAGGAGAUCAGCAUCCAGGAGAACGAGGAGCUCGUCAUCUUCAGCGAGAACUCCCUGGACGGUUGGUUACAAGGCCAAAACAGUCGUGGGGAGACCGGCCUCUUCCCUGCUUCCUAUGUCGAAAUCCUCCGCUCCCGCUCGGGUUCCAGCUACACGGACUAUUCCAGCAGCCCGGCCGGUUCUCCUGGCCACAACUUCUCCUUCUCUGCAGCUCCCCCUGACCCCGGUAUCUCUUACCAGGGUAGUUUUGAAGAUGAUGAUGAUGAUGACUGGGACGAUUGGGAUGAUGCUUGCACAGUGGUGGAGGAGCCCCAGAGCGCACCGGGCACCAACGGGCACCCGUCGCCCAACCUGCAGUACCCGGCGGCGUACGGUCACCCCCAGCACGCUGUCGUCCGCUCGGGAGUGGAAGCCUUCAUCCUGGGCGACGUGCCCCUGAUGUCCAAGAUCGCCGAGGCGUACUGCAUCGAGAUGGGCUCCAAAGGUCCCCAGUGGAGGGCAAACCCCCACCCCUUCAUCUGCUCCGUGGAGGACCCGACCAAGCAAACCAAGUUCAAGGGCAUCAAGAGCUACAUCUCCUACAAGCUGACCCCCAGCAACAUCAACUCGCCCGUCUACCGGCGGUACAAGCACUUUGACUGGCUCUACAACCGCCUCCUGCACAAGUUCACGGUCAUCUCGGUGCCCCAUCUGCCCGAGAAGCAGGCCACCGGGCGCUUCGAGGAGGACUUCAUUGAGAAGCGCAAGCGGCGCCUCAUCCUCUGGAUGGACCAUAUGACCAGCCACCCCGUCCUCUCCCAGUACGAGGGCUUCCAGCACUUCCUCUGCUGCCGCGAUGAGAAGCAGUGGAAGCUGGGCAAACGCCGGGCGGAGAAGGACGAGAUGGUGGGCGCCAGCUUCCUCCUCACCAUCCAGAUCCCCACGGAGCACCAGGACCUGCAGGACGUGGAGGACCGCGUGGACGCCUUCAAGGCCUUCAGCAAGAAGAUGGACGACAGCGUCCUGCAGCUGACCAAUGUGGCCUCGGAGCUGGUGCGCAAGCACGCGGGGGGCUUCCGGAAGGAGUUCCAGAAGUUGGGCAACGCUUUCCAAGCCAUCAGCCACUCCUUCCACAUGGACCCCCCGUACAGCUCGGAUGCCCUCAACAACGCCAUCUCCCACACGGGCAAGACGUACGAGACCGUGGGGGAGAUGUUCGCCGAGCAGCCCAAGAACGACCUGUUCCUCAUGCUGGACACUCUCUCUUUGUACCAAGGGCUCCUCUCCAACUUCCCGGACAUCAUCCACCUCCAGAAAG